CUACUGUCCUUUCCGUCUAAAAAGGGGUUGGCUCUGAGAGCUUUAUUUGUUUAUUUUUUAUGAUGGAAAAUAUCGCAACGGUGUCUGUGUGGUUUUGAGGACGUGGGUGUUGUGAAGCUCCUGAAAUUCUCCCUGUACGUCUCUUGAAUCUCUGUAUGGAAGAGCCCCACCUCCAAAAGCAGAGAGCUGAGCCCUACAGGGGAACAAGGGGUUCGUUAUUUGAUCAUCCUCAUUUUGACUCAGGGCAAGUUGAGCGCUUAAAAGGCUGUUUUGUACACCUGAGCUUGGCUGGCCAUGCGUCUGAGCACCCUCCUCUUUGCCUAUUAUUAAUGGGCAGUGGAACCAAGUGGUGAGAUGGCUAUAGUCCUUCAACCCCCUAACAUGAUUAGAUACAGGUUCAUGAAACAUUAACCCUUUGCACUGGGACAGUGGAAACCGACAGCAGUGGCUACAGUGAAUCUCAGAGCCCAGGUCGACUGACUGGAGCUCGCGGAGAUUAGGCUACGGGGCUAAAAAUAACAGCGUUGAUGCUCUCACUCGGGCUGGAUCUGAAACCUUCUGAGGGGGGAAGGGUCUCAGAGCCCAGGCUCCAGCCCGAGUGAGAACAUCUACACUGCUCUAUUUAGCCACGUGGCCCAAGUCAGUUGACCCAGGCUCUCAGACUCACUGCUGUGGGGUUUUUUUGCAGUGUAGACAUACCCAUGGAGAGCAACAAAAGCCAACAGACAGCAAUGGCUUCUGGUUGCUAUCAGAUUGAAACCUGUGACGUAGCGGCUUCGCAGCCUAGUUUUAAUUCCCUAAUUCCCAUAGUCCCCUCUGCAGUGAUGGUGUGGAGUGGGGGGGGGUGUAGUUAAUGGAACUAAUAUUCAGCAGAUUAUUUGUUGCUUGUUGAAAAAAAAAAAUGAGGCAUGAGAGCAGAGGCCGAGUUCCUGAGGAGGUGGAUGGAGCUGAGUGAGGAGAUGAGCCUGGAAGGAGAGUCGAUGGGGAGCAGCUCUGAAUCUGGCAUUCAGCUCCUGGAGAAUAACUCACCAUCUGCCCCUGUGCACCAGGACUGGAGAGAGCUUCACCUGGCAGCUUGGGACGGCAACGCCCACCUGAUGAAGCAGCUACUGCGGCAGGGGGCAGCGAUAGAGAGCAGGGAUGAGAAUGGAUGGACGCCCUUACACGGUGCCACGCUGAAGGGGUCCAUCAUGCUGGUGAAGUUCCUGGUGCAGCGCGGAGCCGUGGUCCAUGCCACAGACCAGGCACACUACACCCCGCUGCACCAUGCCUCUUGGAGCGGCCAUACCCAAGUGGCUGAGUUUCUCCUGGCUCGGGGAUCCCCAGCAUCAGCUGUGACUAAAGGGGGCCUCACCCCACUUCACUGUGCAGCAGCCAGCGGUCACACCCUCAUCGUGCAGUUGCUCCUACGACAAGGCACAGAUCCUGCCAGCGGGGACAACAACCGGUGGACGGCACUGCACUGGGCGACUGUGAACAGCCAGCUGCAUAUUAUGGACUUGCUGAUUUGCCAGGGUCUCUCCCCAGACCUGGGCAGUAAUGGAGGCAUCACAGCACUGCACAUCGCGGCAGAGACGGGAAGAAGUGAUGCUCUAAGGUUCUUGCUAGCCAAGGGUGCCAACAUCAAUGCUCAGGAUGGGCUGGGGAGAACAGCACUUGCCAUUGCAUCCAAUAAUGGCAAUCAAGAGAUUACAGAACUGUUGCUGGAAAGCAAAGCUGAUGUGAACUUGAAGGACCACUACGGCUGCACGGCACUCCACAAGGCAGCAGCUGUGGGACACUUGGCCCUCGUCCACCUGCUGAUAAAGACAGGCGCUGUUGCCAACAUUAGGGACUCUCUGAAUCUGACUCCGCUUCACAGAGCUGCCUGCUGUGGGCACAGCGAGGUAGCCAGUUACCUUCUGGACCAUGGAGCUGAGAUCAAUGCAGCCGGCUGGCUAAACAAAACCCCGCUGCACUUGGCUGUGGAAAAAAAUCACUUCCUUUUAAUGGAGCUGCUGCUGGGGAAGGGGACAAGUCCGUCCCUCAGAACUCGCUGGCAUGAAACGGCCCAGGAUCUAGCGUCAGACAGGGUCCUUCCUGCGGGCACUCCGUCCACUUCCCAGGAGAAGAUGACGAGCUGCAAUCCGGACCUGAACUAGAUCCCAACUCAAGUACAGUUAGCUGGACCUGAGAGGCAUGAGAACAACUUUGUCCUUCAGUUUCCUCUGCUGCCAUCUUGUGAAGAAGGAUCAGACUUUCCCAUCAUUCCAGUAUUAACCGAUAAAGGGCCUGAUUCUCAUUUACAUUGUUCUUGCAGUGUAACAGAACCUUAAAGGGGGUAUAAAUAUACUGUAUAUCCAUUGUAAGGCCACUUUAUACCACUGGAGUGGUGUCACAGGGCCUUAGUAUAAAUGAGAAUAAGGCUCUGUCUUUACCAAUGUGCUGCUGUAAUAUGUAUUUACUAGGGAUGUGAUUAAACCAUCUUUGGGGAUUCAUUAGAUACCAGAUAAUGUAGCCACUGGAUACUAAGAUGAAUCCUAAAGCCUCAGGGAGGUGGGGUGGGUGGUGCCCAAGGCGGAAGAUGGGGCCCUGGAAAGGGUGGUCGGAGCAAUGAAGCAGCAGAGGACAUGGUAAGGGAGAUUGGUAGAAGAUCGGCCAGGCAGCGAGAAGCAGCAAGAUCACACAUAAAAUGGCCACCAAUUUAGCUUGGGAUGCAAAAAGCAGGGCAAAAUGGCCAGAUCUGUGCUAUUUACAAUCGCCCUAUCUCUAGAAUACACCCUUGUACAUUAGAAUAAUCCUAUGCUGAUGUCUUCUUAUAUUCAGUCAGUGGACAUGUAAUAAACCUGUAUGCGUAAAAGAAAUACUGAAUCAACUGAUAAAUUACCAGCUCUUGUAGUAUAGGAAGCACUGAACCAGCAAAGCUGUCAUCUAGGCAAUAACUGCACCUGCUGCCUCCAUACAGGGCAGGAUUCCAAAUGAAUGCAGGAUGUAAUUUGUUUCCAAGUGGAAAAACAGCUCCUAUGCUCCCAAGGAGUCACUUCCAUGCCUGCAGCCACAAUCAAACAUGUACAUUUUGAAGGAGGGUUGAAGACAUAUAAUAAAAAUACGUCAACAGAAUUUAAAUGAAAAUAAGAAUUAGGUCUUGGUUAAAGCUGGAUGGAUAAUAUUUGUCAAGCAAUGGCACUAUUCACUAUUCCUGUUUUGCAUUACUCAACUUUACAGCUGGUUGAGUGCAAUAUUUGAUUAAUAAUACAUGAUCCGGACAAUAUUUUACUUGAUAAAUCGUAUUAUCCAGUAUUUGAACAGCUUUCUUUUCAGUCUAUAACCCACACUGUGGACAUUAACUCAUGUUACAAUAAUAAUUUUGCACGUC